CUACACUAGGAGCUGUGUUCGGCUCAACCACCUGCCUCAGUGCCCACAUCCGAGAGAAACCGGAGGAUCCCUUGAACUAUUUCAUAGGAGGCUGUGCAACAGGAGCUGUCCUGGGGGCAAGAGCUCACAGUUACAUGACCGGCACCACCGCGUGUUUGGGGUUUGGAACUGCCGCUGCUCUAAUGAAGAUAGGCAACCUGGAGGGCUGGAGGCUGACGGGACCUCCCAAGCUGUAA